AUGUUGACAGUUUUCAAACUUCUUGAAUUAGCAUUUGCUUAUAAAUGGACAUAUACUCGACGAAUGCCAUUAAAACUGCUAGCUUUAUAUUUACUUGCCCUUCCACGAAUGCCAGAAUCUGAAGCAAAGUUAGCAGGGUUAUCAAAACAAUAUGUACGUCGAGAAGGUAUCUUGUUAAUUUUACGAAGUAUUUUUCAAUGUAUUAUUUUUCGAAUACUUCUUUACUUAAUACCUCUUGAAUGGCUUUCACUUUCUUCAUCAUCAUUUUUUCCAAUAUUCCGUUUCCUUCGUUAUGUGUUAUUGAGUGUUCUUCUAUAUCUGUCAAUUGAUGGUGCUACUGGUCAAGUACAUAAUUUCUAUAAAUUUGCUCGAAAUCAAGGUAAUACAAUUAAUGAAGUUUAUAAUUAUGGUCAAGAAUGUAUUAUUAUCGACAUGAUACUUUCUUUAUCUAAUGGUCGUCCAACAAUUAAAUCUAUUCUUCCUAGUUACGAAAACUGA